GAGUGGGACGGAAACCCCGUGGAUCGCACGGGAACGCUGUGCUGCGCGCCACAGUCAGUCAGUGAGUGGCAGCUGAACUGUACAGCCGGAGACAGACUCUCAUUCACAGAACCAAGCAGCCAUGGACAAGAGCCAACAAGUGCAGAGAGCCAAGCUGGCGGAGCAGGCCGAACGCUACGAUGACAUGGCUGAGUCCAUGAAGCAAGUAACCGAACUUGGAGAGGAACUGACCGACGAGGAGAGAAACCUGCUCUCUGUGGCCUACAAGAAUGUUGUGGGCGCUCGCCGGUCCGCCUGGAGGGUAGUGUCCAGCAUCGAGCAGAAAACUGAGGGCAGUGACAAACAGCAGAUGGCUAAAGAGUACCGUGAGAAGAUUGAGACCGAGCUGAAGGCCAUCUGCAAAGACGUUCUGCAUCUCCUAGACAAGUUUCUGAUCCGCAACACUUCUCCAGCAGAGAGCCAGGUGUUCUACCUGAAGAUGAAGGGAGACUACUACCGCUACCUGGCAGAGGUCGCCACAGGAGACGAGAAAACCAAUAUCAUCCAGAAGUCUCAGGAAGGCUACCAGGCUGCCUUUGACAUCAGCAAAGACAACAUGCAGCCCACUCAUCCCAUCCGCCUGGGCCUGGCUCUCAAUUUUUCAGUCUUUUAUUAUGAGAUCCUGAACUCUCCAGAGCAGGCCUGUGAACUGGCCAAGAAGGCUUUCGAUGAUGCCAUUGCUGAGCUGGACCAGUUAACUGAAGAUUCAUAUAAAGACAGCACACUCAUCAUGCAGCUACUUAGAGACAAUCUGACACUGUGGACCUCUGAUAAUCAGGCCGACGGUGAGGAAACAGAGGAGGGCCGGGAAAACUAAAGCCAACUCUACAAAGAACCUUUUCAGUCAGCACAGCGAGAGACGACGCUGACGCUUUUACAGUUCCAGCUUCAUACUCACCAGCCCGUCAUUUGUGUGUGUGUGUGUGUUUGGAUGUGAGAGUGCGAAGGAAAGACUGUGUUUGUGUACGUGUGUUUGUUUGGGAGAGGGGAAACGGGAGGGGGGUGGCAAACACAAGUUGUUUGUCUUUAAAAUGUGUUCAUUGUGGAUUGGAGAAUGCAAUAUAGUUUGUUUGUAAAAAUGCUCACUGGGAUGCUUCUGCAUGACUGAUGCGAGUCACCAUGAAGUUAGUUGUAGGCGCAUAUGUGAGAGAACGAGAGAUUUCUCGUUGGUGAGUAACGCAUACAAUCUCUGUCGACCAGACCUAAGAUCAAAAAGACUUGACACAUGGCUUAUACUGUAACUUUGAUAUAAAAGUCUUGUUACCGGAGUAACGCUUUUCAUGUGCUUAUCUGAUUAAUACGGUUUUCUAUUAGGAUUUUCGGUUUUGUUUUAUUUGUACUACUACUACUUACUAAAUCUGUUUUUAGUUUGUUUUGUUUACUCUUUUGAUACUUGCCUAAAAUGCAUGUGGCUUUAGUUAAUCAGGGUGACUGGAGUUGGCUGAUUGGGCUGCCUAGAAACUGUCUUUGAAUUUUCAUACAGAACACUCAGCAUUAUUGUUAUUUGUUAUGGAGGGUGGGCGGAGGGAUCUGGAUUUCAUGUUAGUGGAAUUAAAACAGAUAAAACACCAA